AGGUUGUAAACAUACUUGACUGGUGUAUCAAUGUUGGAAUCGAAUGGGAUUCAGUCAGAGAGGAACACAGAAGAACAAUUUGCAGAGAAAUCAACGGGAGAGGAAGCUGUGUGAAAAAGAGUGAAGGAGGAAGAAGAGCGUGGUAAAACAAAUUGGAUAUAAAACACUGGAGUAUAUCCAAAUCCAUCCAUUUUUGCUCCCGCGUGUCCCUUUCGUUGUGAGAUAUAUGAAUUAACGCAACCGUGACCCACUGUAAAACUAUUUAAGUAGUCGGGAACGUGAAGAGGAAUGCUGUCAGGGAUUAUCUCCCCCUCAGGUCUCAAUACUAAUCUCUGUAUACUGUGUGUAUGAAAUGGCCCUUGUGUGUCCAUUUCAAAGUACAUGUGACUUGUAAACAAUUGAUUUGGUAGUCUGUGCAGGGUAGCCAUAUUUUAAUUAUUUGUGGAAUGAAAUUUUCUAUUUUAGUAUUAGCAGAGUAACUUGAGUAAAUGUUUCUGCUUUACCAAAAAUAUUUUUUUCAGGAUACGAGGUUUUGUACUCAUGUCUGUGAUUGUACACACUACAGACACUUCUUUGUAGUAUUAUAUUCUCACUAUAAUUUAGAAUGGCAGUUUACAGUGCUUUAAGCCUUCCUUUUUGUGUGCACUCCAAAAGGUUGAUGGCGGAUUCUUCAGUUAAAAUGAGGCAGGACUAAACAUUAGUUCGGAUUCGAAUGUCAUGGACGUCAACACUGAUCCGGCCGUUGAGGCUGACAUGAACACCUGUAGAUAUCCUCUCCGGGAAAAAGAAGGCGAUGGGGAGGACUUUUUGUUCAGUGGAAAAAGCGAAAUAGACGUUUUUAAUUCCAGCUCUUCCGACUCCUCACCCUGCUCCUCUUCACCCACUUCUCAUUCCAACGCCUGUUUUCUCUCAAAUUAUACGGAGGACGACAGGGAAAUGCUUUUCGGAUGCUCCAAAUCUUUCACUGGACUCAAACUCUUCACGAGAAGGAAAGCAAUCGCAAAAUCUGGCACACACCAUCUGCCAUGUGAUCCCACUACAUCGUCUUUAGAUCCAGAAUUGAAUAUCCGCAGCACUGUUGACUGGACUGAGUCCGCUCAGUAUGGAGAUCAUAUCUGGUUUGAGACAAAUGUGUCAGGAGACUCCUGUUAUGCGGGAGAACAACACUGUAUUGCCAGAUCACUGCAAAAGUCAGUCAGCCGGAGAAAGUGUGCUGCUUGCAGGAUAGUCGUCCACACAAUCUGUAUUGAACAACUGGAGAAGAUCAAUUUCAGAUGCAAGCCAUCCUUCAGGGAAUCUAGUUCCAAAAACAUUCGAGAGCCCAACGUGGUACGUCAUCAUUGGGUGCAUAGAAGAAGACAAGAAGGAAAAUGUAAACAAUGUGGCAAGGCCUUCCAGCAGAAGUUUGCUUUCUACAGUAAAGAGAUUGUUGCCAUUAGCUGUUCCUGGUGCAAACAAGCGUAUCACAACAAGGUCUCCUGUUUCAUGUUGCACCAAAUUGAGGAGGUUUGUCCAAUAGGAGUUCAUGCUGCCCUCAUAGUUCCACCUUCAUGGAUUGUUCGAGUUCGACGUUGCCAGACGUCCAUGAAGACAAGUAAGAAGAAGAAAAGAACAUCCUUCAAGAGAAAAAUCAACAAAAAAGCCACUGAGGAUGGACGACAGUGGAAGCCCUUCACUAUCCGAGCUAUCCCUUUCCCUUUGAUGAAACCACUGAUAGUGUUUGUAAACCCCAAAAGCGGAGGAAAUCAGGGCACCAAAAUCUUUCAGUCCUUCAUGUGGCAUCUGAACCCAAGACAAGUGUUUGAUCUGAGCCAGGCAGGACCUAAAGAUGGUCUAGAGCUGUAUCGUAAAGUUCAUAAUUUGAGGAUUCUGGCCUGUGGAGGAGAUGGAACUGUGGGAUGGGUCCUAUCAUGCCUUGAUGAACUUGCUUUGAAGCCUCAACCUCCUGUGGCAGUGUUACCACUUGGGACAGGAAAUGACCUCGCUAGAACUCUCAACUGGGGAGGGGGCUAUACAGAUGAACCUCUGUCCAAGAUCCUGUCUCAUGUUGAGGAUGGAACCGUAGUGCAACUUGACCGGUGGAAUCUACAAAUUGAACCCAAUCACAGUGCAGGGGCUGAGGUCGAUGAGCAACAAAUUGAUAAGCUUCCCCUGGACGUUUUCAACAAUUACUUCAGCCUCGGAUUUGAUGCUCUUGUGACCCUAGAGUUUCAUGAGUCAAGAGAAGCCAAUCCAGAGAAGUUUACCAGCCGUUUCAGGAAUAAGAUGUUCUAUGCUGGGACAGCAUUCUCAGAUUUCCUGCUGCGAAGCUCCAAAGACCUGUCUAAGCACAUCAAAGUGGUGUGUGAUGGGACUGAUUUAACUUCAAAGGUUCUGGAUUUGAAGCUUCAAUGUCUGGUUUUCCUCAACAUCCCCAGGUACUGUGCAGGCACUACUCCUUGGGGAAAUCCAAGUGAUCACCAUGACUUUGAGCCACAACGGCAUGAUGAUGGCUACAUUGAGGUCAUUGGGUUCACAUUGACAUCAUUGGCUACUCUCCAGGUUGGAGGUCAUGGCGAGCGUCUGACUCAGUGUCGAGAAGUCGUCCUCACUACGACAAAGCCUCUUCCCGUACAGGUGGAUGGGGAACCAUGUAGACUUGCCCCCUCUAUUAUCAACAUCAGUCUCAGAAACCAGGCCAACAUGGUCCAGAAGACCAAAUGUCAGACAUCCCUGCAACAUCUCAAUAACCAGCAGCCCGCUCCAGAGAGGCUGCAGCUUCGACUCAACAGAAUCAGCAUGAGUGACUAUGAGGCUCUGCACUACGACAACGACAAAUUGCGGCAAGCAUCUAUUCCUCUGGGGCUGAUUGUGGUUCAAGGAGACAGCAACUUAGAGAUGUGCAGAGAACAUAUACAAUGUUUACAAGAGGAGGACGCUGCCAAGAUGAAGAAUAUUUCCUCACAGCAAAUGUCCCCAAAGUGGUGUUUCCUUGAUUCAACAACAGCUGAUCGAUUUUACAGAAUAGACAGAGCACAGGAACAUCUCAACUAUGUAUCAGAAAUCUCACAUGAGGAACUUUUUAUCUUGGACACUGAACUAAUUAUAAGAACGUCUCCAACUGCCGUACCUGAUUUGGUUCAUCCUUUAUCCAACUUGGCGAACUACGGCAUUGACAGUGAUGGCUUUGCAGCUGAAGCCUCUGCAUUCAGCUCAACACCUGAGGCCCGGAAACUCAGAAGGAAAGGCUGCAUCCUGCGCUCUGUCAACACCAAUGAUGAGCUAAAGCCAAAAGUGAGACAUGAAACGGGCCAAAAGGCAAGCAAUGCAGGAGGUGAAGAAGAAGAAAAAGCUGAAAAUAUUCAUGGAUGGAGGAGUCAAGUUAUUUUCGACUCUGACAGCAGCGGCCUCUGCCCUGGAGGACAUGGGAAUACUUGUGGGGGAGGACAACAUGGAGAAAGUGCAAGAGGAGAUGCUGAAAGGGAUGUGGACCACUGUGACUGGAAAGGGGGAGGAGAAUGUGAGUGGAGUGUGUGAGUGAGUGACAGAUUAUCUUUGUGUAAAUAGCCCAGGAACAUUUUAUUUUUUUCCUUUUUCUCUUUUCACUUUUUUAGGCAUCCAGUACAUAUAAGUAAUAUACAAUAUCACCCUCAAAUGGGUGAUAAGAAGAUCUAUUUUUGGCGGAAGCAAACCAUGAGUGUUGCAAUUUUUGUUUAUAUUUAUGAUUCAUUUUUUUCAACUGCAUUUGAUUGACAAAAUAUUAGGUGGUCUUUGGAUUUAUUUUUCUCUAAUGUCAAUAUGGAUGAACAAUAUAUAUCUCGUUUUGUUUUUAGAAAGGAAUUAUGCGUUAUCUGAAAAUAACUCCGUUUAACCUUAAAUGGGAUGAAUAAUGUUUUCAAGAGGAAAACUGUUAUAUUGCAGUUGGAGAAAGAUGGGGGUGAUAUUUUAUACUUACAAAAAACUAAUUUUACAAAGGAAGGACAUCAGAGAUUAAUGAGAGAAACACGAUGUCAAAUAUUCUCUAGUUCAUUAAAAACAUGUAAGAGAAGGGUAGAAAUAGUUAUCAAACCCCAUGUUAGUUUUGUAAAAGAAGAAUAGUGUGCUGAUAAAGAAGGUCAAUAUGUUUUGGUGAUUGGAAAAGUGGAGUCUGAACAGGUUUGCUUUUUAAAUGUGUAUUAUCCACCAGAGCAGAAUUCAGAUUUAAUGAUGAAAUUAUUAGACUUUUUGGUGCCAAGAACUAAGGGGGUGGUAAUAUUAAGAUCAGACUAAAAUCUAUGAACCCAAAACUUGACUCUUCAAAUGCUAAAAUACACAGAGCAGAAAGAUGUGCAAAUAUUUUACGAAAUGUCUGUACUGAGUUCAGAAUGGUUGACAAAUUGAGAAUACUCCACCCAUAUAAAAAAGAAUACACUUAUUAUUCGGGUAGGUAAUUACAAUACAAACUCCGUUUCCAUAUGAGUUGGGAAAUUUUGUCAGAUGUAAAUAUAAACAGAAAACCAUGAUUUGAAAAUCCUUUUCAACCCAUAUUCAAUUGAAUGCACUACAAAGACAAGAUAUUUGAUGUUCAAACUCAUAAAUAUAUAUAUUUUUUGCAAAUAAUAAUUAACCUACAAUUUCAUGGCUGCAACACGUGUCAAAGUAGUUGGGAAAGGGCAUGUUCACCACUGUGUAACAUAACCUUUUCUUUUAACAACACUCAAUAAACUUUUGGGAACUGAGGAAACUAAUUGUUGAAGCUUUGAAAGUGGAAUUAUUUCCCAUUCUUGUUUUAUGUAGAGCUUCAGUCGUUCAACAGUCCGGGGUCUCCGCUGUCGUAUUUUACGCUUCAUAAUGCGCCACACAUUUUCAAUGGGAGACAGGUCUGGACUGCAGGCGGGCCAGGAAAGUACCUGCACUCUUUUUUUACGAAGCCACGCUGUUGUAACGCGUUCUGAAUGUGGUUUAGCAUAGUCUUGCUGAAAUAAGUAGGGGCGUCCAUGAAAAAGACGGCGCUUAGAUGGCAGCAUAUGUUGUUCCAAAACCGGUAUGCACC